CUCUGCAGCCUUGCCUAUGUCUUCACUUAGCCCAUCUUAGUUUUCCCUGAAGCCUCUCUGAGAUGGAAUUAGUGCUGCUAUCAUUUUAAGGCAGCAAGACAUCUUCCAGAAGAACAACUCUAAAUUCCAUCCAUCCUAUUGAAGUCAAUUGCCUAGCAAAGGCAUGAAUACAGAAAACUUAGAGACUCAGCUCUGCAUGUUUUAUCUCUUUUGGAUUUCCAAGUGAGAAUGAAUAAUCACUGGAAAGUCUGGAGUUACUACUGAUUAUAAUACAGUGAUUUUUUUUUUCUGUCUCCUAUGAUCUUUAAAACUUCAGUUAGUGUGAACUUUGACUUACAUAGCUCUUUAAGAAUUUUGCAAUGUCAACUGUGAAGUUUGAACUGGAUUAUCUUUCUCCUGAAGGCUUCAGACAUGAGCAUGCUUCCAACCCAGAAUUUACUUUAACCUGUUUGACUGAACUCUCUGAGGAUUCUAGUCAAUUCGAACUUCAACACUCCAAUUCUGUCCCCACUGGCUUGCGAAAGUUGUGCUCAUCUCAUUGUGAGCUUGAGAAGAGUGUGUGGGCUGCCAAAGGCAAACACAGUGAAGGUAUGAAUAUAAGCAAGAGUGAGAUAACAAAAGAAACUUCGUUAAAACCGUCCCGGAGAUCCCUGCCUUGCCUUGCCCAGAGCUAUGCCUACUCAAAGAGUUUGAGCCAAUCCACCUCUCUCUUCCAGUCAACGGAGAGUGAAUCUCAGGCUCCCACUUCUGUGACCUUAAUCUCCGCUGACAAAGCAGAGCAAGUUAAUGCUGAGGAGGAUAAUAAAGACUCUGUGCUCAAAUGCUCUUUCGCUGACCUCAGUGACUUUUGCUUGGCCCUAGGAAAAGAUAAGGAUUACAUGGAUGAAUCAGAACAUGCUAAUUAUGACCGAUCUCGGCUUAUUAAAGACUCUGUUCCCAAAGAUAAUUCUGAAUCCAAGGCAAAAUUGUCUAAGAAUGACAUGAAUUACAUAGCAUCCAGUGGACUUCUAUUCAAAGAUGGCAAAAAACGGAUUGAUUACAUCCUGGUGUAUAGAAAGUCAAAUAUACAAUAUGACAAAAGAAACACAUUUGAAAAGAACCUCAGAGCCGAAGGCCUGAUGUUGGAAAAGGAGCCAGCUGUUGCAAACCCUGAUAUCAUGUUUAUUAAAAUUCAUAUUCCAUGGGACACGCUGUGCAAGUAUGCAGAGAGGCUGAAUAUCAGGAUGCCCUUCAGGAAAAAAUGCUAUUACACUGACCGGAGCAGCAAAUCAAUGGGCAGUGUGCAAAAUUAUUUUAGAAGAAUAAAAAAAUGGAUGUCCCAAAACCCAAUGGUUCUCGACAAGUCAGCUUUUCCACACCUGGAGGAAUCAGACUGCUAUACAGGCCCCUUCAGCCGUGCACGGAUUCACCACUUCAUAAUAAACAAUAAGGACACAUUCUUCAGUAAUGCUACUCGAAGCAGGAUAGUCUAUCACAUGCUACAGCACACCAAAUAUGAAAAUGGAAUAUCAAAAGUGGGUAUCUGUAAACUUAUAAAUAAUGGCUCAUAUAUAGCAGCUUUUCCUCCACAUGAGGGAGCCUACAAGAGUAGCCAACCCAUCAAAACGCAUGGACCUCAGAAUAAUAGGCAUCUAUUAUAUGAGCGCUGGGCACGCUGGGGAAUGUGGUAUAAGCAUCAGCCCUUGGAUUUAAUCAGGCUAUACUUUGGUGAGAAGAUUGGGCUGUACUUUGCUUGGCUGGGAUGGUAUACUGGAAUGCUGAUUCCUGCAGCACUUGUUGGCUUGUGUGUUUUUUUCUAUGGGAUAUUUACAAUGAAUGCAAGUCAAGUAAGCCAAGAAAUUUGCAAGGCCACUGAAGUCUUCAUGUGCCCUCUCUGUGACAAGAACUGCUCACUGCAGAGACUCAAUGAAAGCUGUAUCUAUGCCAAGGUGACAUAUUUGUUUGAUAAUGGAGGAACGGUCUUCUUUGCUAUUUUUAUGGCAAUAUGGGCCACAGUCUUCUUGGAAUUUUGGAAAAGGAGAAGAAGUACACUGACCUAUACUUGGGACCUUAUUGAAUGGGAAGAAGAGGAGGAAACACUUCGUCCCCAGUUUGAAGCCAAGUAUUAUAAGAUGGAGAGAGUGAAUCCCAUUAGUGGGAAACCUGAGCCACAUCAGCCUUCCUCAGACAAAGUCACUCGUCUUCUUGUUUCUAUCUCAGGAAUAUUCUUCAUGAUUUCUUUGGUGAUCACUGCAGUGUUUGCUGUUGUCGUGUAUCGCCUGGUUGUCAUGGAACAGUUUGCAUCAUUCAAGUGGAAUUUCAUCAAACAACACUGGCAAUUUGCAACAUCAGCUGCUGCUGUCUGUAUCAAUUUUGUAAUCAUUAUGGCACUGAAUCUUGCUUAUGAAAAAAUUGCUUACCUUCUCACCAACUUAGAAUAUCCUCGAACAGAAUCUGAGUGGGAAAACAGCUUUGCUUUGAAGAUGUUCCUUUUCCAGUUUGUUAAUUUAAAUAGUUCUAUCUUCUAUAUUGCUUUCUUUUUGGGGAGAUUUGUAGGCCACCCAGGAAACUACAAUAAACUUUUUAACCGGUGGAGACUGGAGGAAUGUCAUCCCAGUGGCUGUUUAAUAGACCUCUGCCUCCAGAUGGGAGUGAUCAUGUUUUUGAAGCAAAUAUGGAACAACUUCAUGGAACUAGGAUACCCGUUGAUCCAGAACUGGUGGUCACGACAUAAAAUCAAGCGAGGAGUACAAGAUGCUUCCAUACCUCAGUGGGAAAAUGAUUGGAAUCUGCAGCCCAUGAAUAUUCAUGGACUUAUGGAUGAGUAUUUAGAAAUGGUUUUGCAGUUUGGUUUUACCACCAUCUUUGUUGCGGCUUUUCCUCUGGCCCCUCUUUUGGCCUUAUUAAACAAUAUCAUUGAGAUCAGGCUGGAUGCCUACAAAUUUGUCACCCAGUGGCGGAGGCCUCUGCCGGCUCGAGCCACUGACAUAGGUAUCUGGUAUGGAAUUCUUGAAGGAAUUGGUAUAUUGGCUGUUAUCACCAAUGCGUUUGUAAUUGCUAUUACAUCUGAUUACAUCCCACGUUUUGUCUAUGAAUACAAAUAUGGCCCCUGUGCAAGUCGUUUUGAAUAUGGUGAAAAUUGUUUAAAGGGAUAUGUCAACAACAGCCUAUCCUUCUUUGACCUGAGUGAGCUUGGUGUGGGAAAAUCUGGUUAUUGCAGGUACCGGGACUACAGAGGUCCCCCGUGGAGUUCUAAACCCUAUGAGUUCACCUUACAAUACUGGCAUAUCCUCGCUGCACGAUUGGCCUUCAUUAUUGUGUUUGAGCACCUUGUUUUUGGGAUCAAGUCAUUCAUCGCAUACCUGAUUCCGGAUGUACCAAAGAACCUGUAUGACCGAAUACGACGGGAGAAGUACUUGGUCCAAGAGAUGAUGUAUGAGGCUGAACUAGAACAUUUGCAACAACAACGGAGAAAAAGUGGUCAUCCUGUUCACCAUGAAUGGCCUUAGUUAAUACCAAGGGGCAGUACCAAUGGUGGGAAUGAUAGCAACCUUAAAUUCUAGGGGGGAUCCAGGAGGAAGGCAUACCUGGCAAACCAUAUAUAUGAUAUGUUACUUGGAAAUGCAUCACAGCCAUCUCUGAGAUUUGGAAUAUCCAGGCUUCUAGGGAAGAAAAAAAAAUGACUCAUGACAUCUAAAUGGUUAGAUUGACAUUGCAGGAAGCCGGGAUCUAAUUCUCAGAACCAGCCUCAGGGAGUUGUGUGUUUGGAGACCUCUACCUUCCGUCAGCUGCAGUGUGAUAGGAAGGGUGGUGGUGAGGUUUCUAGCAACAGUUUUCCAUGUAAACGUUCAUAAGCCAGGCAUGCUAACAGUAUCACCUGCUCUUCAGUCACAUACUAAUCUGACUUUGGAAACUUAGGUGAGUUGAGAUACUCACAAGAAAUGACUUACAUCAGUUAUUGCCUUUGCUACCAGAAUUCCAUGUCCCUUCAGCUUACAAGUUUGGGGAAUUUUUUUUUCUGGGUUUAUGGAUCUCUGCUACAAGGAAUUUAUGCUGCUUUACAUUGACUAUGCAGUCGAAGAGUUGCACACCUUUAGUAGUCAAACCAAAAAUCUGAGAUUCUAAAAAGAAUAUCAUUCACUGAAACAUACUCUAUUGCAUUGGCUACAUUCAAAUGUGUUGUAUCACUGACAGAACAAGUUUCACUGCCUUUUUUUUUUUAAAUUAAAUUUCAGUAGAGCCACAUACUUAUAAAAUAUGGGUGUUUAUUCUCAUAUCAUUUAGAAUACCACUCAUCCAUAUUUUACCGUGGAGGGCUGUUUUAUAGUAUGUUUAAUUUUUUCCUCCCUAGUUUAUUAUAACAACUCUCACAGAAUAACAGAAUAACUUGAAAUGCUGUAAAUAUGUUAGUUUUCCUUGUAUUUUUGCACCUUGGCAAUAUGUAAUGCAAGUUACAUUUUGUGCAGCUCUGAGAUCAGUUACAUGGUAUGCCAUCGUGACUUACUUAUUCAGGAUAUCAGAAGCCAAAUGCUUUGCAACACGUUAAGCUUUUCUAACAAUGUGCACUUUUGUUCAUGAGCUAAUGAAAACAAUGCAUGAAUAUAAAUUUAUAUUAUUUGUAAAUACACACACAUGUAUUUUUUGUUUUAUUUCCUUUUCAUCAGUAAAGGGAGUUUUCUGUUACUGUUUCUUUGAUAGAUUGAUUUGGUUGAUUUUUGAAAACUCUCUAAAACCAAGAUCAAAUCAACAAUGACAGACAUGGUUUUGCAUUGUUGUGGAGUUGCUAUUUCGGUGUCAACUCUGUGAGUGUUAUUGUUCACAGACAGAUGCAAUGGGAAUGAUGAAACCUCAAGUAACAAAAGUCUGGCGGAGGCGUAAGCUCUGGGAGCGGGUGUGGAAGAAAGAGGAGAGUUGAAGUAAGGGAAUGUGUGGGAGAAAUCAAGACACCUUUCCCUGCGAAAAAAAUCAAAACUGAUCUCAGUUUUCCUCCCCUGGGAAUGGGGUGGCGAAUUACAUACUCACACAUUUAUAUACAUAUAUAUAAUCAUAUAUAUGUAUUGUGUGAUUAUUAUUUGUCCAAUUAGGGUUUUUUUCCAAUUAAAAAUUUUCCAAUUUUUUCCCAAUAAAAUUCUCCAGUUUUUUCUGAUUGCUUUCCAAAUAAAGCAUGGUUGUUUCCAAAAUGUAUAAAGACCAGAUUAAAGACAAUGGAAAUAAAGCUGCUUUGUAUAUAUGCUAGAGUAUCUCUAGUAAGAAAAUUAUAAAGUUUCUCUUACUGGAAAACUAUUUGCUAUCAUUCUAACCCUGAAAAUGUUUUUUUGUUUUUUGGGUUUUUUUUUUUUUUUUUACUUUUUCUUCUUUUAUUCCAGGAAAAAGCUGACAGAUUAUAGUUGUUCGUUGGUUUGUUCUUGUCAAAAAUGAACACUUCCCCACUUGCCCUCUGAUUCUGGGCAAAAGGAAGGACCCCAGACUCUAAACUUCCCUCCCAAGCCCUUGUUGCCAAGGACUCUUACAUUCAGAUUCCUCGGAGGUUCUGUUUCUGCCACCUGCUAGUCAUAACAACUAGUUCCACUAACUGCACAAAGGAGUUUUCAACUCCUCCAUGUUUGUGGUAUCUGCAGCAUUUCCUUUUAUUUUGUUAGUUGAACGUAUACCAUGCCUGAGGAUAAAUGUUCUGUACGCCUAUUGAAUACAUAAAUGAACCUGACAUUUAUGUCUUUCCCAAAUUAGGGACACAAGACAAAACUAUUUGUCUUACUGUAGAGCAAAGAAUAGUGAUAGUCGUGCCCUUGAGAAUUCUGCUCUUUCUGAGUUAUUUUUAUACUACCACCAUCAGUGUUGAAAAUCGUAUUGAUUGCCUAGAGAGAAAGAAAACGAAAAGAGAAAGGCAUUUUCAAAAAAAAUUAUAAUACAUUGAUUUAGGCAUUGCUGCCUUUGGUAAUUUUCGAGACCAAUAGAAAAUGAGAGAAUCACCGAAAAAGUUACCUGAAAUUCUCCUUUUGUGAAACAAUGCAGUAGAACCUAGCUAUGCUUUUAUGGUCGUUGACAGCAAAAUAUUGACAGCCCCUCACAGUAUGUGAGUUUUAAGUCACUCUGCUUUCGUUGAGAGAUAUGUUUUAUAUCAUGGUUUUCAUAGGAAUACAAAUUAUUUCACAAAGAUUUAUAUAGCACACACUAUUCUCAGGAAUUCUGUAUUACAUGAAUGCUGCUUAUCUAUUUUCAUAUUCUAAAUCGUUGUCUUUUCAAGCAAAUGACUAACAUAUAUGUGCAUGCAGUCUGCCUUGACAAGUUGUUCAAAGCUGAAGCACUUUCCCAGUCCAGUGUGUGAAAAAUUUAUCGAGACUAUAGCUGAAAUAGUUUGCAGUUGUCUGAGUCUGUGCACGCACUUUUCGAUAAAAUGCUGCUGAGUGACUGCAUGAUGAAAUACAACUUCUGAACGCUGCACUUUCUUCCAGAAUGGCUGUUAGCACAAUCUGUUUUAGAACGGAAUGGAAAGGAACCUCUUUCACUCAAUAAAUUGUGUGAUACCGUAUUUUUCCUAUAA